AGAAACGUGUUGCAAUCGGCAUCCUUAACACGUUUCCGGAAGGGUGGGGAGCGGGAACUGAACUGCCCAAGGAAACUGUUGCUGUCCCCACUCUGGAGUCCAGGGGGCGGGGGCGGUGAGGCGCUGGUCACUCCAGCUUUUCCCCUCUCUGUGGCUGCAAAACCGAAGGACCCCUGGACGAGCCGACAUGCCACGAUGCUCUCCAAACUGCUUGUCCUCCUCUGCCUCAGUAAGUCUCACAGGGCCGUACGUGGAGAACGCAGAAAAUAAGGAGCCCACGGGCAGCACAGCCAAAGAGAGAGAGAGAGAAAGACGUGUCAAACUAAGCGUGGCUCUGGUAGAAGGAGAGGGGCUGUGUGUCGGCCAAGCAGACAGAGGAAGAGCUGAGGCGCUUCCCAAGCCCUCCCUCAGGGCCUGGCCCAGCUCGGUGGUCCCCGCCGGGAGCUCCGUGACCCUGCGAUGCGGGGCUCCCACCAGGGACGUAAGCUUCACUCUCAAGAAGGGGGGACGCGUCUGGGAGAUGGUCCAGUCACCCGACUCCACAGAGGGCCGGGCUGAAUUCCACCUCCCGGGUGUAACUGUCCAGCACGCGGGAGAAUACAGCUGCGAAUCGCACGGGACGGGGGAUCCCCGCGGGAGCUCAGGGCCCAGUGACGCCCUGCUGCUGCUGGUGACGGGGUAUCUCAGUAAACCUUCCCUCCAAGCCCACCGAAGGGGCGCUGUGAUCGAAGGACAGGAGGUGACCCUGCAAUGCCAGCGGCCGGCCACGGACCUGAGGACCGUCAUGUUCGCUCUGCUCAAGGCAGGAAGCGCAGCGCCGGUGCAGGUCCGGGCACCGGCCGGGCGGGAGACCGACUUUUCCCUGCGGAACGUGAGCGCCAGAGACAGCGGGAACUACAGCUGCGUGUAUUACCAGGCCAGGGCCCCCUUCCUGACUUCACAGGCCAGCCCGCACCUUGAGCUCUGGGUGGCGGGAACCAAGACCAAUGCCAGGCCGGAGCCCUUCUUGGCUGAAGCGGAGAUCCUCCAAGGUCCAGAUGCUGAGCUACUAAGCUCAGUUUUCUAGACUCACUGCCGGCAUGGAGGUCUGUGCGGUGGAGGGGGACGCAGAUGAAGCUGCUGAAUUAUUGCAGUGCUUUGCGGAGCACCUUCGGUUUUCCGAGUUGUUCCUAAGGCUGUGUGUGUGAAGUCACUUCAGUGGUGUCUGACUCUUUGCGACCCCAUGGACUGUAGUCCGCCAGGCUUCUCUGUCCAUGGGAUUCUCCUGGCAUGAAUACCGGAGUGGGUGGCCGUUCUCUUCUCCAGGGGAAUCUUCCUGAUCCACGGAUUCAGCCCGCAUCUCUUAAUUCCUGAUUCAUGGAUGUAGAAGGGCAAAAGGACAUGUGGGAAAGUGGAAAUGUGAUAAGGAACAAAUAAAUGGAGACUUCCCUGGUGGGCCAGUGGCUAAGACUCUGCAGUCCCAAUGCUGGGGGCUGGACUUGGUUCCCUGGAUCCUACCCCAUCAACUAAGAUGUAACACAGCCAAAUAAAUAUUUUUAAAAAUAACAAAUAAAUGAAAGAUAAAUGGCAAGGCAGAGGGAAUUAAAGAACAGAGGAGGCAGGUGGAACCACUGCACUGUUUAUUUUUUCCAUGAUUAAAACCUAAAUGCCGGUACAGCUGACCACUGGCCAGGAAAACCGGGCGGGUGUAUAGGAGUCACGCUGGGUAGAUGACACCCUUGCAUGGUCCGUGCUCAUCCACUUCUCUCUUUUAGCUUCCCGACCUUCCAUAAACUCGGAUUAUACCACAGGGAACCACAUCAGACUAGCUCUAGCCGCUGUAAUCAUGUUUAUCACAGGGGCUUUCCUGCUGGAAGCCUGGUGUAGGCAGAGGCACAUCGGCGGGGAGUCAGG